GUUUAUGCAGUGCGUCCCUGAGAAAUUGGGUGCAAUCUCUAGCCGAGCAGAAGAGAUUAUGCAUGAAGCCUUUUYCUGCGUUUCAAAAUGAUGUAUGAUAUCUAGUAAAUACCAUGGCAACGCUCUGAUAGAGACUGAGACCAGCUCCAAACGGGUUUUAACUUGUACAACGCUUCGUCUGUUAGUGCCUCUUGGUGCCUUUCAACAAUUCACGGGAUACUGAUUCCUACUGUGUAGAGGUUGCUAUAAUCUGAAAAUGCCUAAUAAAUCRAGCUUUACCUCGGCCAGGCUUUCCUUUGUGCUAUCUGCAGUAAUUGCUGUGCUGUGCAUUGGUGCGCUGGUUCGGGUUGAACUCCUUCUAAGGGACAAAGAGAACUGAUCAACAUGAUACAAGAAAAGACAAAGUGUAUGGUGUCUUGUAAACUCAAGGACAGUCAAGAAAAAGAAACGCCAAUGAAAGAUUCAUUGAAAGAGAACGCUUCCAAAUCCAGAUCUCGCCGAGAUGUCAUUCAGAUGGAUGCGAACAACACUACGCCACAAGCUCUUCAAGAACUUUACUCAUCCAUACACAAAGUCUAUGUCAGUAGACAGCGAGGACUACCAGGACCCCCAGGCCUCCCCGGAAAGACUGGUCCAAGAGGAUCUAUUGGACCGCAAGGACCCAAGGGACCUGCUGGGAUGAAGGGUGAUAUUGGUAAACCAGGUCUACCUUGCAAGCCUUUGAUUAUCAAUUACCCUCCCAAGGUGUCGCUGCCAGUCGGACCGAUUUACGUUAAAGAAGGAAACAAGUUAAUUUUGUCAUGUCACGUGACUGGUUACCCCAAACCCAAGGUCACGUGGUCAAAAGUCAUGGACUCUUUGCCUUCAAAUCGUUCUUUCAUCACUGCAAACAGGCUAAAGGUGUUGUCAGUCCAAAAACAAGAUUCGGGUUUGUAUGUCUGCGCUGGAUCCAACACUCUCGGCUCAGCGGUCAAGAGUACCCAACGAUACCGCUCCACAAAAUAACCGGUCCACAUCCUAUUUUUUGACUGGCUGGCAAAUUGAAUUUUCAUGUUCCUGGCUGGGAGAUUUUAGACUUAAAGUGCACUGCUGGAUCAGAUAGUUCAGUGCUGGCUGGGAAUAUUCAAUUUGUAUACCUAACUGGGACAUCAAAUUACGGGGAUAUUAAUAGACUUUGCUGGGAGCUAUUUUUGCUUGUUUGAUUAAUAAAGCAUGUAUGUUGACAUUUGAUGUGAUAUAUAAACCUUUGACAGUUGCCAUGCCUACUGAGAAUUUU